AUAAUGUCGGCGGCGGGGGCAUUCUCGGUACGGGGAGCAACAAAACCCCGUGACGAAAAGCUCCAGCUUAUUUUUUUCUCUCCAAUUUUAGCUCCCGCUAUUUUUUUUCUUCCUCUUCCUUCCCCUCAAAUGUGAAAUUCCCCUAGUCUACCACCACCUUGACCCUCCCCCUUCAUUUAUCUGUUCCAUGUCUUUUUCUAGCACAUAAUAGCAUCAAAAUGCGUGGAGUACAGAUUUUUUCUGGGACAUCACAUCCCGCACUUGCUAAAGUUGUCUGUGACCGGCUAGGGACCCAGCCCGCCCAGGCAGACCUUGGGAAAUUCAGCAAUGGGGAGACGAGUGUAAAUAUUGGUGUCUCGGUGCGGAACCAGGAUGUUUAUAUUGUGCAGAGCGGCAGUGAAAAGAUCAAUGACAGUGUCAUGGAACUCUUGAUCAUGAUCUCUGCCUGCAAAGGUGGCUCUGCCAAGUCCAUCACAGCGGUUAUACCGUACUUCCCAUACUCUCGUCAAUCUAAAAAGAAGAGUCAUCGCGGUGCCAUCACUGCCCGCAUGCUGGCCAACCUUCUUUCAGUUGCUGGUGUAGACCAUGUGAUAACCUUGGACUUGCAUGCGUCCCAGAUGCAAGGUUUCUUCGGUAAACCCGUGGACAAUCUGUUUGCCGAGCCUUACAUCGCUCGUUGGAUCCGUAUGAAUGUUCCUGGUUGGAGGGAGGCAGUUGUUGUCAGCAAAAAUGCCGGGGGUACCAAACGGGUCACGUCAUUGGCAGACACGUUGAAGCUCAACUUCGGCAUCGUUACUACCGAUAGGCGCCGUCCUAAAACGAAGAUGGCUAUGUCUGACAGCACAGUCUUUUUUGAUUCUAUAGACGAAGAUAUCACUCCUGUUCAAAAAGACAAUGACCCGUUUGUACUCCACGUUCAGACCGGAAACAAUGGCGAACCUCAACCCAAAGAGUUGCCAGGACAAAACAAUAACAUGGAAUCGUUGUUGUCGGCAAACGCGCUGCUUCCUGACAUUCUGACUGGUGCUCGUCGUCCUUCGGAAUUGGAAGCUGCACACGGGUGCACAGAUGUCCGGGUACAUGAUGUAAUCACUGGGCGACUCGUAGAGGGUCACCUUGUUGAUGAUGACUACCACCCGACGGAUUCCACGUCUGCGCCGGGAGACACUACCUCAGGGCAAAGCGCUAUCGCAGAGAAUUCUGAUGCUGUUUCAGAUUCAAUGGCGGAGUCCUUUGUCUCUAACACAUCCUCUUUGCCUGGUGACCAUGCUCUUGGUGGCUCGUUCGAUGCUGCUGAAUCAUCUGAUGAAGAAGGCAGCGUCGGGCGAGCUGUUGAGCGAGAGAAGACCAUUACUUUUGUGGGCGAUGUCCGUGAUAGGACUGUGUUCAUUGUCGAUGAUAUGAUUGACAAAAGUGGGUCAUGGAUUGCUGCCGCAGAGACUGUUGUGAAGAAAGGUGGUGCUAAGAAGGUCUACUGCAUUGCAACCCAUGGACUUUUCGGGGACAAAUCCCUUGAACAAAUGGAAGCAUGUGAGGCGAUUGACUAUAUUGUAGUGACCAACACUUUCCCUAUCUCUGAACAGAUGGUCAGGAAGUCGAAGAAGUUGGUCCUCAUCGACAUAUCGACUCUUAUCUCAGAGAGCAUCAGACGCCAUCAUUAUGGCGAAAGGUAAGUCAACCCUUCCAAGUUCUAUGAGUAUGGGAGUUCUAACGCUUGGUGAAGUGUUUCGGCACUUUUUCAUCUCAACGACUAACGUGCAUUUCCAACUGCACCUUUCCCUAUCUCAUGCUUUUGGGCGGGUAAAAUCUCGCCACUGUGCCGCUACGGUAACACAUG